AUGUUGAAAACGUUAACUGUUGUCUUCUUGGUUUGGUUUUUGGUUACAGCACUACAGAUAUCAAGAACUGAAGAUCGUAUAGAUCACUUUCCAGCAGUUUUAAAAAGCUCCGGCUUAAGUAAGCAAUCUUUUUUCGCGAAGCCUCAUUUUCUAUAACUCCUUUAUUUCAAAGUCAUAACUUUGAAAUGGAUAUAGAAAGCUAUCAAAAGGGCUUUUCCCCUCCGUUGAGAGCAAUUAGCGCUGGAAAUAUAUUUUAACCUCACACACAAAACUACUUUUCCCUUCGAUUUUUUUGUUUGCGAGGAUUAAGCGAGCAAUCUCAUUCAUUGUUCUUUUCCCGACUUUUGCAGCUUCCGACCUAUACGCACAACUUUUUUGGAUUUCAGAAGGUAAGUGUUAGAAGGUUGCUCGUAUUUAAUUUUAGUUUUUAAGAAAAUCAACGUUUUCUCUCAAUGAGUUCGCGGGUCACCUUUCCCUAUGUGAGGACAAACCGAACAUCAUACAAGCAGCGGUUUAGGAGAUCAAGCGCUGCAACUGUCGCCCCUCCAAGAUCGGAGAGGCUGACAGGAACCACUAAACAAGACUGACUGAACAAACACGGACGACGAGAAACGGUGACGUCAACAAUCACCUUGUUGAAUAUCAUCGACUUACGAAACACACCAAUGACUGUAAGUCUGUGCAAUGCUCAAUCGACAGCACUAACUAGUUAGGAAGACUUACUCAGGAAAGCCGGUUCAAUACCUUAGAACAGACUCCCCUCAAUAGAUGUCAACAACCAUCGGCACCGUACCAACGACUAAACACAGGAUACGAACGAUCCGAACAGAACGAUCUAACAUUCCCACGAGUUUCGGUUCUUGAAUUCGAUUUAAUGAGGCGGUAGAACAGGUUUUUAAAUGAACUGAUCAUAAUUUGUCCUAUACCAACGCACUGGGGAAACACCAUAGCAAAUUACAAUUAUCAAGUCCUUAAAAACGCCGGGAGAAAUAGAAGCAAAUGCCAAGAAGCGACUGUGUAGCCCCUUCCUGGUUCUUUAUUUUUUCUAGUGUGGAGGAAGAAUGCACCUUAUGAAAUCGGCUACCCACUGUUUUACAGCACUCUUGUCAUUCUCACCGUCAUCCGAUGUCUGUGUUUGCUGAUACCGUCCAGAGAAACACUCCUUGUGCAGGUCAGUAUUAGGAAAGAGGUCCAGUUAGUGGCAAUAGUUGAUGAAAUCUAUGAGAAAAGUAAAUUAACGGACCACAUGUCAGAGCACAUUUAAAUGUGCUGAGCAUGGGAAAACGAGUCUGACCAAAUCACGAUUGGGCUCGUUCUUUCUUCUAAUUGGUUGAAACUAGUGCUUGAAUUUGUCCAGAUUGGCUGAGUACUUUCCUGUGCUUGUUUCGAAGUGGGAAGGGUAGUUGCUUUUAUUUGCAGUUACAGUAUAAUUGAUUGAAAACUCCUCACAUUUUCUUUGUAAUGAAUUUCUGCAGCUGUCAUUACACUUUCAUAAAGAGUGAUUUAGUAUCAUGUUUUACUGUUGUUGUUGUCUCGACCUGUUUUCUUUCGUCGUCUGUAGUACGAAAACGAACAAAAGCGAGAACAAACGGAGGUCGAAUCUGAAAUCGUCGAAGACGACAAAGAGUACAUGGUCGCAGCCACAGAGCCCGUUGAUGUCACUUCCGCCGUUUCCCCACUACUUUCCGACAGUAAUGUCUGCAUUGCAGAAGAAUUGAUCGAGUCAGUUGAACCACACCAAACUGAAAAUUGCACCCCAUGCGUUCUCAUGGAAACGUCUCUUACAGAUGAACGUCGGCAAGAAGUCACAGUUCCUGAACAGCUCCCGGAUAUGGCCCCAGUUAAUGUCACUGACAGCUUUACGUACCAUAUAAAACCGGGAGGGGCACUGGGAUCAAAGAUCUAUCCCGAGACCUCUUUAGGGUAAGUUCGGUUGAGAAGGAUUGGUUCUUACUUAGGCUGUUAGCAGUCUGAUAUUCACGAUAUGAUAAAAGAACACAAGUGGCGGAGAACAGAACAAACCUAAAAUUGCCAGCAGUUAUUUUUUCUCCUAAACUCUAGCGAGCAGUGCGAUUUUUGUGUUCAGCGGUCCAGGUUUCGCGAGGGAACAAAAGGCCUUUUUCGGUAUACUUGAGUUAUCCCGAAGAAAAUUAGGUUCCAUUCAUUGCCUUCGGAAAAACAUUCACUGUUCGUUUUCCCCAGUUUUUCUUAGUCUACAAGCUGUUGGACGCAGUUGAAUUUUAUUCAUCAUUUCCCGCUACUUUCAUGCUAGAUUAUGCCUUUGUUACACGAGUCUUCUACACAUAUGUUUGGUAGGUUUUAAGGGGGCACUUGAGAGGAUUCGUCUUUCUUUCUGCUCCUGCUUCGUAUGCGAAAAAUGCAAAACAUGUUGUUGAAGGGCACAAUCAAAUAAUCCGACAGCUCCUUUAAAUUAUGCAAGUUUCUAUCUAGAUGCCAAAAUCUGUGUCAUUCACGCGGUCAUUCAUACUUCAUGUGUAUCUUGACUUUACGCUUGAUAUCUAUCUAAAUUUAUAAGUUGGGUAACUUUCUUGGAAGGUGUUAUUUAAUGGUAAACCUCUCUCUACAGAAAAGCUUGUGUUGUGGUUGCUGCCGGAGCUCUCAUUUCUUACGGAAUUUACCGACUUAUCUCGUAA